AUGGCAUUGGUAACUUAUCAGCGCCUUGAUUUAUUAUAUGACGAGCUUCGUGUUCUUGUUCUUCAGCCGGGUGAAGGCGAUGCGCCCAUUAGUGCCUACUUGACACCGACGACAUUACAUAGCAAUCUACCAUAUGAAGCACUUUCAUACGUCUGGGGUGACCCUUGCGUCACGAGGUCAAUUCAGCUAAGAGCUAUGGACAACAUGAAUUUCUUAGGAGUGGAAGUUGAAGUCCAAAUCACGACAAACCUAGAGUCUGCCUUGCGACACCUCCGACUCAAAGACCGAAGCCGGACCCUUUGGGUAGAUGCGUUAUGUAUAAAUCAAAAUGAUCCUGACGAGAAAGUACACCAAAUCCGGAACAUGGGCGAUAUCUACCGGAAGGCUUCGAGUGUGUGCAUGUGGCUGGGAGAAGAGGCGAAUGAUAGCGAUGCCGCAAUGGAGCUGAUACAUCUUUAUCGCGAUGAUGACCCCGACUGGAGACGAUUACCCCAGACGAAAAAUUGGUCUAGACACUGCAAGGCAUUGACAUACUUAGUUUGCCGACCAUGGUUCACUCGCCGCUGGAUUGUGCAAGAAAUCGCGCUGGCCCCAUGCAGUGUUAUCUAUUUCAAGGGUUGGCUUUGCUCUAAUGAACAUCUUCAAUCCUGGCUCACAGGGGUUGGACACAUCGUCAGCAUUCAAACCGCACUAAAUGCCAUCGCUCGAGACCGAUUUCCAGCUCUAUCAAUGCUGCUGAAAAUAUUCCAAUCGAAAUAUGUUACUAAUCCACGAGAUGCUGUUUAUGCUCUUCUCUCUCUAUCAAAAGAACGUCAGCUUGGUCAGCCGAACAUCGAUUACACGGCCGGAAUUCUAGAUGUCUUCCGGAAUACGGUCGAACUCAGUGUCCGGGUGAAUGAGACUUUAGAUAUCAUUUGCCAGAGCUUCGGACUUGGGCCUUGCGAACACGAAUUAUCCUGGGUUCCCCGCUUCUACACUAAAUUUCGGGAUUGUGCUUGUCGAAAGGAAAACGACCUCCCGGGCGAAGGCUAUCCGUACCGGAGCGAGUCACCGUACAGCACUUCAGGCUCAUCUAAGCCCGAAGCAAACUUCAACGGUCAUAAGCUGGUUGCAAAAGGAUUUCUGAUAGAUAGGGUCCGAAAUAUACUGGAACCUGAAAUAAGGACCGCGCUGAGCUUGGAAAUUCCAUUGUCCUGGAAAGAAGCAGUGUUAUCACUAGAUGCAAUAUGCAUUGAUGGAGGUAACCGCGGGCAUGAAGCCCUUGCAACUGAUCAUGCCUCAAAGUUCAGCGCUUUCUGGCGUACUCUGGUCACAGAUAGGGUUCCAGGGAGCCCCAAAAACAAUAAAGCGCCCAAAAAUUGGCACAGAGCCUGCGAGAAAUGGUGCAAUGGGGACAUGGUUGUUCCCCAGUACAGCAGUGCUUUUGAGGCGAGGAAACGCCGAUCAUGUCUCUCGUUGAUUUUCGUCGCUAUUUGGAGAUCUACAUAUGACCGGCGCUUCAUGGUCACGGGGAUGAACCGCAUAGGGCUUGGGCCUAAGAUGCUGAAGGAGGGUGACCUUGUAUGUGUCCUGCUUGGCUGCUCAGUCCCUGUCAUACUCCGACCAGCUACUGACCCAGCACUGGCUGGCUGUUAUUAUUUUAUUGGUGAUGCUUAUGUUCAUGGGAUUAUGGAUGGCGAGGUGGUAACAAGAUUGGAGGCUGGAGAUUAUACCCCAGAGGAUUUGGUAAUUAUAUGA